AUGAGUUUUGGCUGGCAGCUGCUGCCCCAGCUGUGCACUCUCUGCAAGGAGCAGCACCUCUGUGACUGCACCAUCUUCUUUGGGAAUGUGCAUUUUAGAGCACACAAGGUGGUUUAGGCUGCUGCCAGUCUGCUGUUUGAAUCCCUGUUGACAGCACAGACACCAUCUCCCAUUGAUGCUUCUGUGCUGACACCUGAGGAGUUUGCACUCCUACUUGAGAUGAUGUACAGUGGCAAACUCCCACUGGGGAAACACAAUUUCACAUUUAUCUCCAUGGCAGAUAGUCUGCAGAUGUUUGAUGUGGCUGUUAGUUGCAAAAACCUCCUCAGGGAUCUCAUAAGUUGUUCUGCUCAGGACCAGGUAGUGAGAAGAGUCUCCAGCCAGGAAGCAGAUUCAUCUGGGAACCAAGCUGCAGCUAAUUACCUGCCCCAGUCUGGAAGACCUGAUGAAGAAAAAACAUUUAUCAUCCUCACUCAGAGAGUUUCUCCUUUACCUGGCCGUGUAGAAGCAGAAAUGGAAGCUGGUGUUUCUCCUCCUGGCCAGGAACGUCCUGUGAAUCAGACCUGGGUUAGCCAGGACACAAUGCCAGGUGACUCCAGGUCCUUCCAGGAGGAUUCAGGCUCUGGCCCUGAGCAGCCUGCCCACGCUGAGUGCAGUGGCUGGAGGGAAGAGGAGCUUGCUGAUCCUCCAGAAGAGAAAGGGCAAUUGAGGCAUUGAGCAGCAGAGAGCAAAAGCUGUAAACUGGAUUUCUUUGUUCAAUAUGAAAGUGUUUUCUCUGAGGCUCUUUCUGAUGCCCAGGCUGUGCUGAAAAGACUCGAAGAGUGCAGAGAAAUUGAUGCCUCUCAAAAGGAGGCUCUGGCUGCCUGUCUGGCCAAGGCAGAGGAGCAGUCAGUGCUCAAGAAGCUGCUGGGCCAAGUGAAGGAGGCUCACACCCAGGAUAGUGACACUCAGCCCCUGGACACUCAGAGCCUUGUGUCUUUUCUGAAGAUGGUUCAAGACAUGAAUCCUGAACAGGGCAGUGGAGAAGCCCCACGGCAAGCAGGUAACAUCACACACACGUUUUACCAGGUGAUGGGCAAACCUGACUGGCACUUCCACCUGCCUCCUACACAGCACCCCCUGCACAUGGGUGUGGCCUCAGGUCCUUCUGUGCUGAACUGUGGGAAGAGUGAAAACUGGGCAGCGAAGGUAGGUUUGGAUUGCUGAGAAGGCAGCUCUCAGAGGGGAGCCAUUGACACUCUGCUCAGGAAGGUGGAUUAAGAGAAAACCCUGAAAGUGAAACUCCUGAGGGCUGUGAAAUCAUCUUUCCCUGGACUCCAGCUUCUGCCAGACAAUGUGGUGGCAACAGCAAACAUCUCUGAUGAUAAAGGUGUGGCUCAGACAGAGCACGUCAUCUCUUUGGAUGAUGCCAAACUUGUGAUGUUGCCCAAAUCCCAAGUGAGCCAAGCCGGCUCUGAGCUGGUGACAGUGACUCUGGAGGACCUGUUUGAUGGCAGUCACUCUGAUUUGUGA